UUUUUUUUUUUUCAGCUCUGCAUUUGAACGCCGUUUUGUUUUGAAAGUCCUUUCCUCUUUUCUCAAAUACUCGAAAAUGUAUCUUGCUUCCGCUGUCGUUCUUGUUGUGUCUGUUUUCAGCGCGUACAAUCUCAAUUUAUUCAACCAGCCGCCAAAUUCUGUCACGCUUGCCGACUAUAAGACAGCUCCCGAACUGAAGCUAAUGACGACUACCGCACUGCCCAAGCUGCGUGUUCUGACGCAGAACAUGUUUAUGCGGCCGCCGCUGGUUAAGAACAACAAGAGCGAUUGGAAGGAUGGGCGGCUGGACUACCUCAUUGAGCACAUUCUGCCCAACUACGACGUUGUGUGUCUGCAGGAGAUGUUUGAGUUUGCGUCGUCUCGCCGCAGCCGGCUGCUGGCUGCUGCCAACAAACUUGGCUACAAGUUUUACGUGGCCAACACCCGCCAGUUUGUGUGGAACGCUGCCAUUGAUGGCGGACUUGUCAUUCUGAGCCGGUUCCCGAUCGUCAAGAGCGAGGAGAUGGUGUACACCCGCGGCAUGGGCCCUGACUGGAUCCCCAAGAAGGGCGUUCUGUAUGCCAAGAUCGCAAUCCACUCGCAGACCGACGACAACAAGCCUAGCAGCGAGGCCCUGACCCACGCCCAUGUCUUCACCACGCACACACAGGCCUCGUAUGGCGAGGUUAUCAUCACCCAGCCCGACGUCAAGCACCGGCUGCUGCAGCUGCACGAGUUCCACAACAUGCUCGAGCGCGUACUGCCCAAGGAGCGUGCUGCUGGCGAGCCAGUGAUUUUGACUGGCGACUUCAAUGUCGACUCGCGCGACCACGUUUUGACCGAUCCCGGCAAUGCCAAGUACGAGCGCGAAGUAGAGGAUGGUGUAUCUACAUCCGACGAGGGUGCGGCGAUGAUGUCGGUUCUGCGCGGCUAUGGCAUUGAUCCGAAGCUGCUAGGCCCCGAGAACACCGACGACUUUAAGGGCAAGGACAUCAUCGAGCUCCACGACACGCUGUACGAGCGGCUCGGCUACCAUCCAGUCACAUUCGGCAAUACCAUUGUUGGCAAGGACGGUGCUGUUCAUCCGCGCGAGACUAUUCUGACCACGCGCCACGACAACGAGGUCAUGCACUCGAUUGAUUAUAUCCUGUGGCACAACCCGGAUGCCGACAAGCACAAGAACGGUGUCGUGGCCAAGGUCAUUGACGUCGGCGUCACUCCGAACUUUACGCCGGACAUGCCAUUCACCCAGAUCUCCGACCACUACGGCGUCUCUGGCGAAUUCGAGUUUAGUCUUCCUUGAGUCGUGUAUUUUGCAUCUCCAAAUUCAAUUAGUCCACGCUACUUGCCAGCUCCAACGGAGAUACAGUUUAAUACAUCAUAUGCUGUAUGCCUAGGU